GGAGCAACAACCAGCGCCACAGCCCACAGCCGCCUCCCGCCUUCCUGGCCGGGAGGAAUGUUUGCUUCUGAUCAAAUUCCAGUGUCCGGCCUGCUGAGUCACAGCGCCCCUCACCCCACUGCUCUCGCUGGUCCCUUUGGGAUUAACGAGGGAUAGAACCUGCUCGCCUUGUUCAGCUCAGCCCUGCGACCAGCGACCCGUCACCCGAGUCACCUCACCGGAGGGAAAGGCGAGCUACGACACCGGAAGCCGGAAGUGGGAAUUUGGCAGCGGGAGAAGGAAAGGGCUACGCUGAACCCGGACUUUCUUGGAGCGCUGGGGUCCGAGGAGCACUCGGGGCCCGCCGUUCCCGCCUUUCUCACGUCGGACCGACUCUGCUGACAGACCCUGACGUGUUGGAUGAGCAGGCCCCCCUGGAAGAGUCCACUGUGUGAGAUGGUGCAGCCUAGCGGCGGCCCGGCAGGGGACCAGGACGUGCUGAGUGAAGAGUCUUCUCUGGGGAAGCCAACCAUGCUCCACCUGCCUUCAGAGCAAGGCACUCCUGAGACCUUCCAGCGCUGCCUGGAGGAGAAUCAAGAGCUCCGAGAUGCUAUCCGCCAGAGCAACCAGAUGCUGCGGGAGCGCUGUGAGGAGCUGCAGCGUUUCCAGGGCAGCCAGAGGGAGGAGAAGGCGUUCCUCAUGCAGAAGUUCCAGGAGGCCCGGGACCUGGUGGAGAGGCUGAGCCUGGAGAAGCGGGAGCUGCGCCGGCAGCGGGAGCAGGCCCUGCAGGAGGUGGAGCGCCUGAAGACAUGCCAGCAGCAGAUGGCCGAGGACAAGGCCUCAGUGAAAGCCCAGGUGACGUCCUUGUUGGGGGAGCUGCAGGAGAGCCAGAGUCGCUUGGAGGUCGCCACCAAGGAGCGGCAGGCUUUGGAGGGCAGGGUCCGGGCCGCCAGCGAGCAGGCCCGGCAGCUGGAGAGCGAGCGGGAGACACUGCAGCAGCAGCACAGCGUGCAGGUGGACCAGCUGCGCCUGCAGAACCAGAGCAUGGAGGCCGCCCUGCGCAUGGAGCGCCAGGCCGCCUCGGAGGAGAAGCGGAAGCUGGCCCAGCUGCAGGUGGCCUAUCACCAGCUCUUCCAGGAGUAUGACAGCCACAUCAAGAACAGCAUGGUGAGCGGCGAGCGGAACCGAGGAUUGCAGCUGGAAGAUCUCAAGCAGCAGCUCCAGCAGGCCGAGGAGGCCCUGGUGGCCAAACAGGAACUGAUAGACAAACUGAAGGAAGAGGCUGAGCAACACAAGAUUGUGAUGGAGACGGUUCCGGUGCUGAAAGCCCAGGCGGAUAUCUACAAGGCGGACUUCCAGGCUGAGAGGCAGGCCCGGGAGAAGCUGGCAGAGAAGAAGGAGUUCCUGCAGGAGCAGCUGGAGCAGCUGCAGAGAGAGUACAACAGGCUGAAGACCAGCUGUCAGGAGUCAGCCAGGAUCGAAGACAUGAGGAAGCGGCAUGUAGAGGUCUCCCAGCCCCCCUUGGCCCCUGCCCCAGCUCAUCAUUCCUUUCACCUGGCCCUGCCCAGCCAAAGGAGAAGCCCCCCUGAGGAGCCGCCCAACUUCUGUUGCCCCAAGUGCCAGUAUCAGGCUCCUGACAUGGACACCCUGCAGAUACACGUCAUGGAGUGCAUUGAGUAGGGCUGCCUGCCGGCGCCCAGCCCACGGCACUGCAGUCUGUUGCUUUCCUCUCCUGUCUGCCCGCUCCUGAAUUAGGGGCUGGGGGACAGAGGGUGGGCCCCUUUGCUGAGCCGCGAGAGCUGGCCGCAGGGCCUUAUGCUUCCAUGUCCCCGUCUGCUGGUUCGCCUCUUUUGGGGCACACGGGGCCCCAGCUAGACCCGGUGCUCUGCUCUUUUUGUUCGUUCUGUCUGCUUGAACUGCUUGUCUCCGGGGUUUGCUCUUCUUCCAUCUGCGUUGGGGAAGUCAAGAGCCAACGCCAGGGCUCCCAGACAGCUGCUUCCCAGGCUGAGAUGGGCAGGGUCCUUCGUCCCCGCCGCCUGGCUCAGUGCAGUGCCGCUCUUCCUUUGGCGGCUGCACCACUGGGGAUCGAACCUCCCUGCUGCUAGUGGACUUUCGGGUUGUUACCAGUCUUUUUACUGCCAUAAACAAUGCCGCGGUGAAAAUCCCUGUGCGUGCAUCAUAUGUGCCUUUGGGUUGGAUCCACAGACGCAGCACCGUUGAGUAUCUGUAGCGGGGUAGACGGUGCCGGUGCUCCCCCACCCCGAGCUUUCCCGCUCCCCCUCACUCCCUAUAGCCCCGCCCCAGAUGGUGGGUGUCCAGCCUGUGGGCUUGUGCCAUCCACAAGGUGAGCCGUUCUCUAUUAAGAGUGAGCUUGAGCAUCUUUUCAGAGCUUGAAGUAUCCUUUUCAGUUCUUCUGGUGUAAACAGCUUGUUUGUAUUUUUUGUUCGUUUUUCUGUUGGGCUGUUAGUCUCCUGUUCCUUGACUUAGAGGAGCUCUUUGGUCAUUAGCGGGGUCAGUUCUUGUAUGUGAUAGAAAUUGCGGUUACCUUUUCCUCCUGAAUCGGUACUGGUGUGUUUGGACUGGAGCUUGUUAUCUUUGUAGUCACGUUUAUCCACUGUACCUUCACGGCUUUGGGUUUGGACUUGUUGUGACCACGUCUUGGUCUGCCGACGGGCGCGUCCCACGUGUGUUCUUCCCUUGUCCUUGGCCUGAUGCUGCAGUGUGCUCUUAUCUUCCCCCAGAGCGUUGCCACCCAGUGUGAGCAGUGGCGGCCGGAUGUCAUCACAUUCCAGAAGUUUGUGAUGCUGUUCCCCACGCCAGCCCCACAUGCCCCAGCCUGGCCAACAGAAGCCACUUGGCAAUCUUUGGCAGAUUGCCAGAGGACUCUUCCUUGUUGUUUUAUAGGAUCCUGGAUAUUUCUGAUGAUGUGAAAACUGUGGGCAUUACGCCUGCAAUUGUGAUUUACUCCUCAGUGCCUGGCCUCCCCCUGUGCUCUGUGGGCUGCCCUGCUUGGGAAUGGGAUGUCACAGAUCCGUCCCUGGGUUUUGUCCAGGGCUCCCUGCUAUCUGGCAGUGACAGGGUGGACUCGGAUUGGGGUAUAAGUCUCCUGCUGGAAGAUGGCCCAGCUAGCAUCCUGUUCUGAAAACAAGCCUUGGCUGGGGGCUUUCUUGGCAUCUGCAGAGGUGGGAGGGGCUGAUGCACUUCCUGAAGCCCAAGUGUGUAGUCACAGAUGGUCCUUCGGGAACACGUUAAAGGCACAGACAGGUUCUCCGCUUAUGGGUGCUGCGUUUCAACCCAGAUCCUGCAGUUUUUCUAUAAGAGCACUUUCCGUUUUGGGGGAAUAUACUAGUUUCCUGCUGCUGCUGUAACAAAUGACUACAAACUUGGUGGCUUAAGACAACAGGAAUUCAUUCUUUCCCAGGUCUGGAGGCCAAAGUCUGAAAUUCAGGUGUGGGCAGGCUUGGUUCCUUCUGGAAGCCCUGAGGGAGCAUCAGUUGCAGACCUGUCUCCCAGCUCCUGGUGGUGGUCUUUGGUGCUCCUUGGCUGGUGGACACGUCUCUGCAGUGACUGCCUCCGUCUUUACAUGGUCUUCUCUGCUUCUGUCUGUGUCCUCUUUCUUCUCUUUUAAGGCUACUUGUCACUGGAUUUGGGGCCCGCCUGUGUUCUCCAGGAUGACCUCAUCUCCAGAUUCUUACUCUCAUCACAUCCACACAGACUCUUUUUCAAAAUAAGAUCACAGUCACAAGUUCUUGGGGUCAGGACUUGUAUCUCUCCCUUGGCCACCGUUCAGCCCAGCAUGGGGGCGUCUUCAGGAGCCCACAGAUUAGGACAAGUGCAGUUGAAGGUGAUGGUGGCUGCUGGGCUGCAGAGGCUCGUGGUGCUGCAUGGCAGUGAAAGCUAGAGUGGGGCUCGGGGACUGCUGAUCUUAGGACGUGUCAUCUCCAGCUGGACACCACUGCUGGGGCCGACAGACGUGGCCGGGACGAGGGGGCAGUGCCGUUGGACCACCUGCAAACGGUGGUGGCUCCUGGCUGUGUACGGAUUGGCUUCAUGCUUCUAAGAGGGUGACAGGAGUGCACAGGAGCCCUUCUCUAACCAGCUCCCUCUUCUCAAAGGGGGUUGAAAGAAGGGGAGACCCUGGAGUGGUGCGAGAUGGAUGUUCUCCUCCCCAGGAGUGUCCGUGCGGCUCGGGCGGUGGCCCCCAUGCAGGCUGCACAGCGGCAGUGGCGGGACCUUGACACACGUUGUGCCUGCGCCGCGGACUGGCUGAGUCGGGGCUGGGCCGGGACCAGAUGCUGGCUGGGAACCCCUGCUCUUUGAAAUCUUCUCUUCCUGGAGGCUGGGUGCCCUCGCUCUGUGCCUCCUUCCUCCUGUAGGACUGACUGCACCUGAGAGACCAAGGGUUUUAAACCAGGCCAUUCACCUGAAAGGCAGGGAUUCCACUCUCUGGCUUCUGGAACAAGUGGCUGGAUUCCUCCUGUGAGGGAAGCAGCGUGCCUGUGGGAUUAACUGUGGCUCCUUGAGCUUCACGACCCUGGGUUUGGGAGGUAGAGACAGACAGACAGAAGCACAUCCCUGUUGUCAUCCCCCCUUGCGCCCACACGCCCCGCUUCGUUACCUGCUUAAGAGAAAUCCCGACGAGCAAUGGGUGACUAGAGCAACACAGAUUCAAACUAGACAACAAGUGAUGUUGAAAUAGCAGCAAAUGAAGACUUCCAGUGCCCUGCUGACAAGGUGUGGGGACCCCUUUCCGUGGGGCCCGUUGGGCAGCAUGGAGCAAGCACUUAGAGAGUGUCCUCAGCCUUGUGAGCCUGCGACUCCAGCGCUGUCGAGGCUCGCACCGCAACACCAUUUGUAGCCGCCUAAGACCACAGUGAAGUAAGAGGCUGCGCUACGGACGGCAUGGGCCUGUGCGGCUGGCGCUGUGGACACCUCAUCACCCGGAGCACACUCUGUAGCAUGUUGGUGUGGAAAAGCCAGUAGACACAAUUCUGUAUAAAGUGUGACCCCAAUAAAAGAGUAAAAUCUGCCGUGCACACCCUGCUACCAUUUAGAUAGAUGUGGUGGUAGGAUUACCAGUGAUUAAGUUUUCCUUAUGUAUUUAUGUAUUUUCUAGAUGCCUAUUGUCUGCACGUAUUAUGUUGCUACAUAGAGAAUGUAUGUUACUGCGAAGUCGGCCCUGGGGUGGGUGCACAGGGGUGGG